GAAGUGAAAUGGGUGUUGGUAGCACUGGAAGACCAUACUGCAGUAUGCAGCUAACAUGCACUCUUUUAUUCCUGGGAAUAUUUGGCAUUCACAGUAUUUUUUGCCAUGGUCAGGUUGAUCCACUAGCCCUAGGACGUGCGGAUCCCCAGUGUUGGGAGACAUCAACUGCCAUCUUACUGGAAAUGAAGAAGCCACGCAUUGCAGACACUGUAUCUGGUUUUUGGGACUUCAUGAUAUACCUGAAAUCAUCUGAUAACUUAAAGCAUGGAGUUCUGUUCUGGGACCUGGCACAACUUUUCUGGGACAUAUAUGUUGACUGCGUGCUCUCUAGGACCCAUGGCCUUGGAAGAAGACAAAUAAAUGAAGGAGAAAAUAAAAUAUCCAAUUUGAUCUCACAAUUCACAACAGUUAAAGAGCAUCGAUGUAUAGCCUGGCACCUAGCAGCCAGCGGCAUGCAGACCAUGGUGGACCCACUGGUGGAGAAAUCUGUGCCAGUAGCUGCACAGACUCCUCUUUCACGCAAAAAUGUUUUGGCCGGGGGAGAUUGUCCAGGAGGAAUACAGAAGGUUCCCAGGUAUGACUAUGGGCAUGAGCUGGCGAACCCCAUUCUUAUUCCUGGCUGCUUCCUCUUUUGCCCAGUGGCCUCAUACAGGAUUUUAAUGAAACAACAUAUUUCCUUUAAACAGGAAAGCAACAACCCAACUUACCAUACUUCAGCUACAGUUGGGCCAGUCUCAGCCGUGGGACUAUCCUUACAACUAGAAACAUUUUCCCACGGUCGACGAUCGUUGCUACCAAAAAAAAGAGAUCUAAGCGAAGAGUUGAUAGGCCGUCGUGUACAUAAAAGUGAAUCAAGACUGCUUGAUGACAUCAAAAACGUCAUUAAAAGAAAACUAGUUCAAUCUUUUGCACAAAAUUAAAUCAACAUUGCUCUAAAUCAUAAAAUGUACUCUAAGCAAAAAAAAGAAAAAAAAAAACAUCUAACAUUGUCAUAUCCAUUCCCAGACUGAGUCUGACUGCAUUAAAGGGAUCUAUUAAUUACUGUAUUGAUUAUUUAUUUAUUCCACUUAGUAUAUUUU